GGAUGGGGAACAAAAAGAAAGGGUAUGAAAGUCUAGUGGAGGCUGCGAGCAUGGUCAUGAGGAGCUAUGAUGCCAAGAGACAGCAGGAACUGGUGAUCCAAUCACUCAACAAGGCCUUUCCGGGAUUCAUACUGAAAAUGAUAAAGUUUCUAUUGCCACCAUCAAAGUUUGCAAGGGAAUACUUUGCUACCUUCACUACAAUAUUUUUCUCUUGGCUAGUUGGAUGUUGUGAGGUGAGGGAAUCAGAAGUCCAAGGGAAAAUGGAGAAGAAUGUGGUCUACAUCUCCAAGUGCAGGUUCUUGGAGAGCACCAAUUGUGUAGGGAUGUGCACAAACCUAUGCAAGAUUCCAUCUCAGAGGUUCAUCAAAGAUUCACUUGGGAUGCCUGUCAACAUGGUUCCAAAUUUUGAAGAUAUGAGCUGUGAGAUGAUCUUUGGCCAGCAUCCUCCAGAAGAUGAUCCAGCACUGAAGCAACCUUGCUACCGGACAUCAUGCACAGCAAAGCAGAUACAUGGUGUGAAUUGUUCCAGUUGAUGAAUGACUGAGAGUGAUUAUGAUCUACUAGGAUUAUGUAUAAGCAAGAAAUGAUCCAGAUAUUGAAAUGACCAAUAGGAUUGGGGCAAAAUGAAGUUGAUUUUAGUUAAUUGUCUUAAUUGGGAGAUAUUGUUCAGUAGCAGUUAUGAUGUAUAUAUAAUUGACUUCUUAUUGUCAGCACAAGGCCUAAGAGCAUGUCUCAC